ACCCAUCUCCAGAUUAUAUAUAACACCCAACACCCCGCAUCUACACUCCAAACCAACCCCCAAAAUGUCCCUAAACCCCAACUCCAACCCGGUGCUAGCAGUCGUGGGCGCCGGCCCCGGAAUCGGCUCCGCCGUCUCCCACCACUUCGCCAAAAAGGGUUUCAGCGUAGCCCUGAUCGCCCGAACAGAAGACAAGCUCAAACACAUCCAAGACUCCAUCAACGCCGCCAACUCCCCCACCACAGCGGAAUACUACGUCAUAGACGUCCGCGACGAAACGAGCAUGAUCAAGACCUUCGCCUCCAUCAAAGAAGACCUAGGCCCCGUCCACGUCCUCGUAUACAAUGCUGGCUCGAGACGCCUCCGCCCCCGGACAAUCCUUGAGACCUCCUCGGAAGAAUUCGAGAACUUCACCCGGAUUAAUCUGUUCGGGGCGUUUUAUGCGGCUAAGUGUGUGCUCCCGGAUAUGCUGAGUGCCGGGGCGGGGACGGUUAUUUUUACGGGCGCGACGGCGUCGGUGAGGGGGAGUCCUGGGUUGGGGGGGUUUUCGCCGGGGAAGUUUGGGCUGAGGGCGUUGGCGCAGGUUAUUACGAGGGAGUUUCAGGGUAAGGGGGUUCAUGCGGCGCAUGUUAUUGUUGAUGGGCCGGUGGAUAGUGAUGUCAUUGGGGGGUGGCUGAGGAAGAAGUGGGAGAGGGAGGGAGAGAUGGAGAAGUUGAGGGAGAUGGAGAGGUAUGUUAUGCAGCCGCGCGAUUUGGCGGAGAUUUAUUGGUUUUUGUAUAUGCAACCAAGGAGUACGUGGACGCAGGAAUUGGAUGUUAGGGCUGAGAGGGAGGGGAUGUUUUCGAAGUUGUAGUAUAGCUAAACUUACCUAUUCGUGAUGAUUUUAUAUGGGUGUCUCAGUGCGGGGCGCCUGAGGCGUACGUCAUGCUUAUAUAUGGAUUGAAAUGUUGAUUUGAAUCUUUGCCGUGAUAGACGGUGUCAAAGUGGCAUGUCACAGGAUGGUACCAGCUUCACCUUCUGUAACAAUCCCCAAGUCUUACGAGACGCUCGCUCUCGCUGAUGUCAAGGUCUCGCAUUAUCCGGAGGGCGCCCCGGUGGCCACGCCCGUCGUGGUU